AAGUGCUACCAAUGUUACAAUGAGUAGUGAAUGAGUCAUGCGCACCUAUAGAAGGUAAAGAGAUAUAUAUAAAAGGUAACAAGUAACACAACAAUAAUACUUCUGUUAAAGGGACUACUUGCGUGUAUGUUUUAUUUCUUUCACGAUUUCCCUCUUUUAUUCUUUAUAAUAUUUAUUUAUAAAAAUUUCCUCAAGGAUCGAAUAUGUUCUUAUAAAAUAUUUGGAAAAAAAUAUCAACGACUCAUAUUUAUAUUCUACAUUAAAAUGUGUGAUGAAGAAGCAAACGUCGAACAAAAUGAAAAUGAUCAAUCUGACAGAGAAGAAGAGUUCAUUUCAUUGUUGGAUCUUCCAAUCGAGAUAUUUCUCCACAUCUGCUCGUUCCUCGAUGCGGAAACGUUGAUGCACAGUUUGAGUUUAGUUUGUAAACAAUUUUACGAAGUACUGAACGACGAUUUAUUCUGGAAAAUGCGAAUUAACCAAAUAUUCCAAAAUACUGGCUAUCCGUUAUUGCCUCCUGCCGAGGAUGAUGAACUUUUUUGGAAAUUGUCAUGUGUAGCCAUCGAGAAACAAACUUCAUUAUGGAAAAACGAACACUCGAUGGAAAAGUUGUCUCUUACAAAUGUACAAUACGGUACUAUAGAUGGUCUUCUGUUAAUGCACGAUGGAAAAAUUUGUAUAUCUGGGGCAAGGGAUCGAUCUCUGGUAUGUUGGAAUCUUCCCGUUGAAGAAAACGAUCAUGUGAGAUAUACUUGUAUAGAUUUGGCUCAUAACGGAUGGAUAUGGGAUUUAAUAGCGAUAGACAACAUGGUCUAUAGCUGUAGUUGGGAUCAAAACAUCAAGGCUUGGAAUCUCACAACUACUGGCCUUGUCCACUUCAAAACUUAUGAGAUGAUCGUUACAAGUGCUCUGCUUUGCAUAGCUUCUUGCCCGGAAUUAGCACUCUUCGCUACAGGCUCAUUUUGUAAAACUGUAUUGGUAUUCGACUCAAGAGCAGGAUAUAAUCCUAUUGCAAGAUAUCAACCGCAUCAGAGAGCCGUUAUUCGACUUGCUAUGAAUUCUAAUUAUAUAUUAUCUGCCAGUGAGGAUAAAACCGUCUCAAUAUGGGAUCAAAGAGCUGGAAGAAUCAUGAAAACAGUUACAAUCUCAAAAGAAUCAUUUCCUAUGAGUAUGUCGAUGCAAAAAGAUUUGGUAUAUGUCGGCGAUAGUAACGCGAAAUUACACGUGUUAGAUUUAAAGAGAGAGUUCGAACCUGUUAAAUGUUACGAAACGGAACAUAAGAAAGGAAUAACUGGUGUUCAUUUUACUACUGGAUGCUUAAUUACAAGUUCCACGGAUAAAACAGUGAGAAUUUCAACUCCCACAGAUCCGCCACAAAAUUUUACAACUCUCACUUGUGGUUAUGGGGAGAUAGCUAGUACAGAUUAUUUGAACAAUGUCCUUGCUGUGUCUGGUACCGAAGGGAUAGAAAUUUGGAGACCUCGCACAAGAACAUGAUGUUCAUGAGUCUUAUUAUAUAUAUAUUAUUGCUAAGAACAUUUACAUUUUUAUAUUCAUUCUACACUCUUACGAGGAAUUAUAUAAUUCAAGUAUAUAUUAUGAUUUAAUAAAGGCUUUGCUCUAUAUAAGUUUGCUAGGAUAUAAAAAGACAA